AUGCCUGCGAUGCUACUUUGUACUACAAUCGAGGUAUAUCAUGUGUCUAAGAACUAGGAAUUCUAUUUGAUCAACAAGGAGACUUUGAAAAUGCACUACAAAACUAUAGGAAGGCUAUUACAUUAAAUCUAAAUUAUGCUGAUGAGUAUAUAAAGCGAGGUAUAUCAUGUAGUGUAAUAAUUAGGAAUUCUAUUUUUAAUACAAGGAGAAAAUAAAAAGCACUGCAAGACUUCAGCGCGAUCAUUAAAUUGAAUCCAAAUGA